AUGGGGCCCGUUGCGGCGGAGAAAGGAGCUAUCGUGGUUGACAAUAGCUCGGCGUUUCGGAUGGAUCCUAAUGUGCCACUGAUCAUACCGGAGGUGAAUUCGGCGGCGAUGUCGCAUAUUAAGCUGAAGGGGAGAGCGGGGAAGGGGGCGUUGAUCGCGAACCCGAAUUGUUCGACGAUUAUUUGCUUGAUGGCCGCUACUCCUCUACAUCGGCACGCGAAGGUUGUGAGAAUGGUUGUUAGUACCUAUCAAGCAGCUAGUGGUGCAGGUGCAGCAGCAAUGGAAGAGCUUGAACUUCAGACUCGUGAGGUAUUGGAAGGCAAAGAGCCCACUUGCAACAUCUUCAAACAGCAGUACGCGUUUAAUUUGUUCUCACAUAAUGCACCAGUUCUCUCGAACGGGUAUAAUGAGGAGGAAAUGAAGCUAGUGAAGGAGACGAGAAAAAUUUGGAAUGACAAUGAUGUUAAAGUGACUGCUACUUGCAUAAGGGUUCCUGUGAUGCGUGCACAUGCUGAAAGUGUCAACCUGCAAUUUGAUAAGCCACUCGAUGAGAUGCUAGCCAGUCGCCGCUCAGCCGGUAAAAAACUCACCUUUGAAGACCGAGAGUAUACCGUCGAAGAGCUGAAACCUGAGAGCUUUGACGGCGUAGACAUUGCCCUGUUCAGCGCUGGUGGGUCCAUCAGUAAGGAGAUGGGGCCCGUUGCGGCGGAGAAAGGAGCUAUCGUGGUUGACAAUAGCUCGGCGUUUCGGAUGGAUCCUAAUGUGCCACUGAUCAUACCGGAGGUGAAUUCGGCGGCGAUGUCGCAUAUUAAGCUGAAGGGGAGAGCGGGGAAGGGGGCGUUGAUCGCGAACCCGAAUUGUUCGACGAUUAUUUGCUUGAUGGCCGCUACUCCUCUACAUCGGCACGCGAAGGUUGUGAGAAUGGUUGUUAGUACCUAUCAAGCAGCUAGUGGUGCAGGUGCAGCAGCAAUGGAAGAGCUUGAACUUCAGACUCGUGAGGUAUUGGAAGGCAAAGAGCCCACUUGCAACAUCUUCAAACAGCAGUACGCGUUUAAUUUGUUCUCACAUAAUGCACCAGUUCUCUCGAACGGGUAUAAUGAGGAGGAAAUGAAGCUAGUGAAGGAGACGAGAAAAAUUUGGAAUGACAAUGAUGUUAAAGUGACUGCUACUUGCAUAAGGGUUCCUGUGAUGCGUGCACAUGCUGAAAGUGUCAACCUGCAAUUUGAUAAGCCACUCGAUGAGGAUACUGCAAGGAGAAUCCUUAAGGAAGCUGCUGGGGUGGUUGUCAUUGAUGAUAGGGCGUCCAAUCUCUUCCCUACGCCAUUGGAGGUAUCAAAAAAAGAUGAUGUUGCAGUGGGUCGGAUCCGUCAAGAUUUAUCCCAAGAGGGCAACCACGGGUUGGACAUAUUUGUCUGUGGAGAUCAGAUACGCAAAGGGGCUGCCUUGAAUGCAGUACAGAUAGCGGAGAAGUUGCUAUAGACUAGGAGGAUCGUUCUGUAAGCUGCUGGCUGUUGUUCUUUAUACUUGAAUUGGAUAUUUAUAGAGAAGUAUGAGAGGAUGUGUUUUUUUUUAACUAGGAUUGCUAUGUACCGUAGGAAGUUUUGCCAAUUGUUUUAUGUAUUUUCUUUUUGGAUAUUGUGUCAAGUGCAUAUUAAUGAUUAUGAUAUUUGUGUAGGGCUCUUUUUCCAGUA